AAUCUCUGGAAUUAUUUGCAUUUUCAUCUAAUGUAGUUAAUUUCAGGAAAUAAUUUUUUUUUCAAACUGUGAAGUAACGGCAACAAAUAAUUAACUUACAUUUUUACUUCAUUGAAUUUUAAAAUGGCUGAUCAAAAUCAAAAUGAACAUGAGUUGUCAUUUGAGGCUCACAACGAUGUUGCUAAACUUGUCAUCUGUGUAGUUAAACAUCCGUUUGAUUUAGCCAAGACUCUUAUUCAAAUUGGAUAUGAACCUUUACCAUCUUUUCCAACUCGUAACAUUUUUGGACGACCUAAAAUUGGACUUCCCGGUGCAUUAUCUUACCUUGGCUUUGUUUUCAGACACGAAGGGGUCACAGGAAUAUUUAGAGGUCUCCCUUACAAUGUCAUCGAUUAUUUCAGUUAUAGAUAUACUUACAAUUAUAUUGAAAAAAACGUUGGUAAAUACUGUCCUUACUUGCAGAUUACCACUCCAGAUUUAUCCGAGGAUAGUGCCGAGGUGACUACAACUGAUAUCACAGCACCCAAUUUAAUUAUAAACU